AUGGAAAAGGUUGUAAAUUAUGAGCAGGAGAAAUCUAUUGAACCAUCUGAUAUAGCGAACGAAGGAUCACUAAAUUUGGCACCAGGUGCCGAACGUCAUCAUACAACGUUGCAGAAUGGUAGUACUGGAGAGGCAAGUGGGAUAAAUCAUUCUGAAACGGGUGUUAGUGUUCUUGAUUAUAGCACAGAUUUCCCGGAACUACCAGAUAAACCGAAUGUAUGCGCUUCACAGCUAUUUGGCGGUGUAUGGAGUAAGCCCCCCGCAGUUCGUUCGGAAAGAACUACUCAGGUUUAUCAUCUUUCUGGUGAUGAACGGGCUUCAAGAACUAGUAGUAAAAAUUUCGGAAAUACAAAUGAAGAACAGCAAAAAUGCAACGAAAUAGCUAUAGCAACUGGUACAGAGAUUGAAAUUUGUGAGGCUAAAGACCAUUCGUUAACGCUUCUAAUCACUGGGAAACGUCAACAAGUUGAAGAAGCACGUUCACAUAUUGCACGAAAGCUUAAAACUCAGGCAGCUCGUGAAAUUGCAGUCCCAAAAGAACAUCAUCGUGUCUUGAUUGGAAGAGAAGGUAUCAAGCUGCGACAACUGGAACAAGAUACGGAUUGUCGAAUAAUGGUACCAGGCCGUGAUUCACCGAGUGAUAUCAUUAAAAUAAUUGGUCCACGUGAUGGUAUCGAAAAAGCAGUGCAUGAAAUCCAACUCUCAAAAUUAGCGCAAGAACAUUUGUUGAUACCACGCGUCUAUUAUCCGUUCAUUCGUGGGCCAUUCAAUGAAACUAUCGAUGAAUUAGCCUCCAAGACGGGUGCCAAAAUUAACAUUCCACCACCAGCUGCAUCCAGUGAAGUAAUUGUCAUCACUGGUGAGAAGGAAGGUGUUUAUCAGGCUGCUUCAGCUGUUCGCCAAAUUUAUGAGAAUAUGAAAACAAUUGCGAAACCAGUAACAUGUCAGGUAGCACGUGCACAGCAUCGUUAUGUUGUUGGACCUCAAAGACGUGGACUAGCUGAAAUAUUGAAAUCAACUGGUGUAAGUGUCGAAGUAUCUCCAGAGGAGGAAGAUUCCGACACUAUAACUCUACGUGGUGAUCCAACUAAACUAGGUGAAGCAUUAGCAAUGGUUUACGCUAAAGCGAGUAGUGUUAUCACGGCAGAGAUUACCUGUGAAUCGUGGAUGCACAAAUUUCUCAUCGGUCCGAAAGGAGCUACUCUAGAGACUUUAGUCCCAAACAAGGAUAAAGUUCAGAUUGGGUUCGAACAAGAUGGUUUAAUCUAUUUGGAAGGAGCACCAGAGGAAGUGAAGAAGGCGCAGAUGUCAUUACUCUGCGAAAUCAAGCGCCUGACCGAUGAAAUGUCUUCAGAAACUAUCAGAGUCAGCCCAUCACUUCAUCGUCAUGUUAUUGGCAGAGGGGGAGCUCUGAUUUCCAAAAUCAAGGAUGAAACUGGAGUCCAGAUAAGUAUUCCCAAUGAACAAACAAAUUCGGAUGAAAUCAAAGUCGAGGGUAAUAAGGAAGGCGUGAAGAAAGCCAUCGAAGAGAUAACCGAAAUCGUGAAGAGAAUCGAGAACGAAAAAACUCGAGAUAUACUUAUCGAACAGCGUUUUCAUAAACAAUUAAUUGGUGCCAAAGGUGAAACUGUGCAAAAACUUCGUGAACAAUUUCCAUCAGUUAUUUUCUCGUUUCCGGAUCCUGGAAAAAAGUCGGACAUUGUUAACCUAAGAGGUGACAAAAUUGAAGUUGAUAAGGCUUACAAGCAAUUGACUGUGAUGAAUAAAGAGCUGCUGGAAAGUAAUUUCCAAAUGACAGUCCCCAUUUUCAAAGAAUUUCACAAACAUAUCAUUGGUAAAGGUGGUACUAACAUCAGGAAAAUUCGCGAAGAGACUCAAACACGAAUCGAUCUGCCUGGUGGUGAAAGUGGCGAAGACAAAAUUACAAUUACAGGAAAGAAAGCGAACGUGGAAAAAGCUGUUGAACAGUUAACUAAAAUUCAAAAUGAAUUGGCUAGUAUCAUAACAGUAGAAGUGAACAUUCCUCAAAAAAUUCAUGCUCGUCUUCUUGGUGGUGGUCGUCGGCUUAUACUCAACAUACAGGAUGAAUGUGGCGGUGUACAUAUCAAAUUUCCACCAGAAAAGACUACUUCGGAUAAGGUCAGCAUCCGUGGUCCUAAGGAUGAUGUUGCACGAGCCGAAAAAAUGCUAAUGGCUUUAGCAAAAGAUCGCGAGCUGUCGAGUUUUGAGGAUUCCGUCUCAGCAAAACCCGAAUUCCACAGAUUUAUCAUUGGAAGAGGAGGUUCGCGAAUUAAAAAGAUUCGCGAAAUGUAUUCCGAUGUCCGUAUAUUAUUUCCACGCGACAGUGACACCGACAAGGAUAUCAUCCAUCUUGUUGGCAAGAAAGAUGAUGUGAUAGAAGUGAAGAAACAGCUUGAAGCUAUGAUAACGGAAUUGAACGAGAAUGUUGAAACUAAAAUGGAGGUUGACCCUAAGUAUCAUCGACAUUUCGUUAUUCGUGGUGCCGCAGUACUGCGUGAAAUCCAGGAUCAGAACGGCGGAGUGAUAAUUUCAUUUCCUCGCGCUGGUACAAAUGAUAGCAGGGUAACACUAAAAGGAAGCAAACAAUGUGUUGAGUGUGCGAAGGCUCGAAUUGAAGAAAUUGUAGAAGACCUGGAGUCGCAAACAACUUUGAAGGUUGAGAUCCCAGGUGAAUAUCAUCGCGCACUGCUUUCAAAUCGUGGACAAAAAAUUCAAGAGCUUCAGUCAAAGUAUAAUGUUCAAAUUAAAUUUCCGGAUCGAAGACUGCGAGAAACUGCUCAAAAGGAAAAUGUAAGAAAUACAGACGAUGGGCCAUCACUGCUUGAUACUAUUAUUAUUAGCGGACGAGAUGAACGUUGUAAAGAAACGGCUGAAGCACUUAAAGCUUUAGUACCCGUCACCAAAACAGUAAAUGUUGCAUUUGAACAUCAUCGUUUUCUGAUCGGUAGAAGCGGUGAAACAAUACGUUCUUUGAUGCAAGCGCAUGAUGUUAAUAUUUCGAUACCACCAGAAGAUACACACUUAGAUGAAAUCGUGAUAACUGGAACAGCGGAGAAUGUUGAAUCUGCCGUAGCUGAUAUUUUGAAGCGUGUUAGUGAAUUUGAAGAAGCAGCAGAAAUUCGACGUCUGCGCUCCUUCAAACUUACUUUUGAUGUCCCGUCAGAGUACCAUGUUCGAUUGAUUGGUCCACGUGGUAAAGUUGUAAACGAACUCCGUGCUAAGCAUGAUGUUCAAAUUGCUUUCCCCCGAUCCAGCAGCGAUCCACCAGACACAAUUACGCUUACUGGCUAUGAGGCGAAUUGUAAGGCAUGUAAAGAAGAAAUGGAAGCGAUAAUUGGUGAAGUGCAGUCUCUUUUUACCCAAGAAAUCUUCCUGGAUGCAACUUUUCAUCCACGUUUAAUAGGCCAAAAAGGUCGUAAUCUGAAAAAGGUAAUGGAUGAAUUCAAAGUAGAAAUUCGUCUGCCAAGGAAUAUCGAUCCGGAUCCCAAUUUGGUUGUGAUUGCAGGCAAAGAUGAAGAUGCGGUAUAUGAUUGCAUUGAGCAAUUGCGUCGAGAAGAGGAAGAAUUUUUACAGGAACGUCGUCAAUACAUGUCUCCACGUGUCACAGAACAGCCAGCACAGCCACCUCGUGUUGAGGUGGAAAUUAAAGGAGCACCAUGGCAGCUAGAUAUGCAAUCCGAAGAGCAAUUCCCAACGAUGGGUACUGCGCAAACGACAGCUGCAGCUGCUGGUGCUUGGAGCGGUGUACGCCGUUUUUGA